CAGAUUAGGACGUAACAGGAAUUUCCUGAACUGUUGCCGCCCUCUCAAUAAUAACCCCAGGCAGAUCUCAAUCACAUGCCAGUUGGAGAGUGUAAGUUGGUAUGGACAUGAGAUUUGAUUUUUAUUUAAGUCUUCCUUUGGUUUAACCAAGGACAUUUCUGAGAGGGAGAAGACAAACAAGGAUACAGGAUUUUUAAGGCUUAUCAGAGAGGUUUCGGUUUUCACACGUCUCUGCAUCAGGUCAUUGCACCAUAAGCCUUUGACCUGGACGUUGGUCUGUCAGUAUGAGUCACGUAUUAAAGACAAUAAGACACAUUUUAGUUUCUUUUUUUAACCACAGACACCAUUUGCUGUAAAACAGGACAGGUGCAUAGAUCUCCAGACUUUCAAGAAGCCAUACCCAAGACAGCGCUGCAAUCAUGGGAGAAUGGGGCUUCCUUGGCGGACUCUUUGACAGCCUCCAGGCCCACUCACCGAUGCUGGGUCGUUUCUGGCUCCUAAUCAUGCUCGUCUUUAGAAUACUGAUCCUGGGAACAGUAGCCAGUGACCUGUUUGAGGAUGAGCAAGAGGAAUUUGCCUGUAACACCCUCCAGCCGGGCUGCAAACAGGUAUGCUACGACAUGGCCUUUCCCAUCUCCCAGUACAGAUUCUGGGUGUUUCACAUCGUCCUCAUCGCCACACCUUCCCUGCUUUUCCUCAUGUAUGCUAUGCAUCACCAUAACAAGAGGACCGUCCGCUCCAAAUUCGACCAAAUUUGCAGCCAUGACUACGGAGAAGAAAUCAGUUUCAGGAGGCUUUACAUUGUCAACGUGGCCUUCCGUAUAUUGGCAGAAGUUGGCUUUCUGGUGGGCCAGUGGUUCCUGUACGGCUUCAAGGUGGAGGCCCAGUUCCCCUGCAGCCGUUUUCCUUGCCCCUACACAGUGGACUGCUUCACCUCCCGCCCUGCAGAGAAAACAGUCUUCCUCUGCUUCUACUUCGUCGUAGGGGUCAUAGCAGCGAUUUCCAGCUGUGCUGAGCUUCUCUACAGCUCCAUGAAGUGGUUCUGCACAAGGCGGGAGCCCUUCACCCCAGAACGCUCCUGUGUCUGCCAGAACCUCCAUAACAUCAGCAAAGAGGAAGCGGAGGCGGAGGAGAAACCACUAGGAAAGACUUUGUCACACAGUGCACCCAGCAGCAUGAGGCUGAAGGCAGGAUCGCUGAGGAGCAGUGCGAGUAGGAAGGUCUCCAGCAAGCACAAGGGUGGCAAAUAUGUGAGCACCAGGACACUCAUGGUGUGAGAGAGCAUGGAUUUAAACAUAUCAGUACCUUAUUUUCAUCUAAAUGCUAAAUGCAGUAAAGAUUUGACUAAUUCCUGUAAGCCAUAUCCUGAAAAAAAAUAUUUUUACUCAUAAUGACUGAAGGAUUUUAUGAUUGGAGACAUCAUAAGGAAAUACUUGGGAGACCUUGAUUAGAUCAGGAAAUGAGCCAAGAUAAGAUGUCACUGAUGGCUUUGAUAAGGUGGUUUCGUUGUUGACUUGUUUUUUCUGGUGAAUCAUUACAGACUAUAAACAGUUCAAGAGGGAAAAAGCCGUUGGACUACACCUGAUGCACUGAUUGCUUCUUUGUUUCAAAGAGAACUGACUGAAGACCUCUGUACCACUCCCUUCUUAAGGCCAGUAGCCAAGUGAAAAUCUGUAGACUAACUGUAAAAUGGAAACAAUUUCUGAACUUGAUUUUAACGUGGAAACAGUUCCACAUCUUAGGAAAUAUGCAAAUUUUCUUACAGAGAGUUAAAGAAGCUAAAGACCUCUCAUCUCUGUACAGUUAAUAUAAAGCUACUGCCAGCACAAAGACUGUAAACAGGGGACAACAGCUAGCCUGGUUUUGUGCAAAGCCCACCUACCCGCAUCUUAUAUACCACCUUACAAAAACAACAACAAUAAAAGAAAAAGUAUAAAUCAAGAUCCUCACCAUCAACGCUGUAAUGUUGUCUUUUAAUUUUCAGUACCACUUUUUAAUAAGGCACCCUAUAGGGGGUUCAUGAAUUGUAACUAAUGGCUUUAUUAAUAAUAAACAAAUAAUUUGCUUGAGAUUAAGAAGUUUUGUGUUGCCAGAUUGUAAGAAAAUCCCUUUGACUGAUUGAACUGUACGACCUCACCAUCUGAUAGAGAGCUGCAGAGCAUAAGGACCAAACUUCAUUUAUUAGGAACUUAUGAAGCAUUUAUUCAUUGUAUUUGUAACUGCAUUAUUAUCAAGUGGAAACACUGGCCAGUGGGAAUUCUCAAUUUUGUUCCCUUCAAUAGCCUAAAUUUACAUAUAAAGCAUUAGUAAAUAAAUUAUGAAGCAAUAAUAGUCAUUAGUUAUAAAAACAUAUAUAAUAUAAUACCUUGACUUACCUUUUAUAAAGAUCCUUUAUUAAAAAGUGUACCAGAUGCUUUUAAACAAGGACAACCCUACAACCAUAGGACCUUAUAUAUCCCGUAUACACCGUGUAUCAUUUUAUUGAAUAACAUUUAAUUGACACUGUGAACGUGACCAAUUCUGAAUUAGUGUUUAUUUUUUUUGUUUGUUUGUUUUGUUUUUAAGUAAAUUAUAACUUUACCUGGAAUGUAAUUGUUUGAACUCAUGAAUGAAGGGAUGAAAAAGUGCAUGUACUUCUGAAUCUUUUGUAAAAUAAAUUUUUCACUUUUUACUAAAUAUUACAAA